UUGAACUUAAAUGAAAAUAUAUCAAAAAAAAGUACAUAUAGUGACAUUGUUAUUUCAACACUAAAAAGUGUAAAUCCAGUAGAAAAUUCUUUAAAAAAUAGUACUAACCAAACUCUUAGUUUAAUACGAGACACUGAAAACCAAUCCAUCUCAACACAGGAGAAAUCUUUAAGAAAUGAUAGAGAUAUUAUAGAGUCAGUUAGAGAGGAUGAUGAAUUGCAAGAUAAUUCUAGGAGAAGAGAAGUUAACGUGAUUCCCGAAGAAGAUGAAAAUGAUAAAGAAGUUAAUAUUUUACCUGAAGAUGAUGUCGAACUUGUUACUCAAAAAAAUACGCAUUCAAUUGUCACUAGUGAUAUUCCCGUGGUGACCGUCAUGAGCAUUUACACCCCUGGAGUAACUGUAACAAGUACAAUAACUUCCGAAGUAAUUGUUGCUCGUAGCAAUACUAAUGAAGUUAUUACAAACACAGAUACUCCAGAAGUCAUUGUUUUAAAUACAGAUGCUCCUGAAGCAAUUAUUUCCAGUACUGAUGGCCUCAAAGCAGACGUUACAUUUACAAAUGCGUUAAAUAAUAACGUAACAAGUACUAGUAUUACCACUACUACUGAUAAUUCUACAUUGACAACAAACAAUUUUACAACAGUGGGUUUCAAUUUUAGAGCAUCUGAUAUAAUAUGGCCUCAAGCGUCAGAUAUAGUUUUUGAUUCAGCUUUUGUAGGUAAUGGGACUGAAGGAAAAACUACGACCAAAGAAAGUAUAAUGGAAUCAACAACAGAUGUUAAACUUAUAUCAGCGAUGAGUACAAAUCCACAAAAACAACAUACAGAAAAUUUCGACGACCUGAGAACUUUUAAAAGUAUGAAGUCAGCUGAUAAUCCUAUACCAGCAUCCAAUAUGUCUGUUAAAAAAAAUAUCACAAACUUAGUUACAUUAAACUCGACCCCGAAUGCGGGAUCUCCAGUGUCGGAAAAUCAAUCUAGUAUAAAUGAAGAUUAUCCAAUUUUUCCUCGAAGACUAUAUUCACAUGCAUUAUCCAACGAAGUUGGUGCGUACCCUAGUAUAAAUAAGAAAAAUCCUUUGUGGAAAAUAACCCAAGACCCUGAUUCAAUCGCCUCCGAGAAUGGAAAACCAAAUAUUCCAGAAUUUCCAAAUGCACCACUUAACAAAGAUGAUGGGCACCUUACCAUGAAAAAAGAUAUUCAUUUGAGGGAAAAAGAAAAAUCUGAUUUAGAAAUGACUGACGACAAUAUUGACGCAACCACGGAAGAACUAUAUUUUUUGAGAUAUAAUGACACAACUUCCAAUAUAAUAGCACACAAAUCUGAACUAAUUCACCAUUCACCACAAACAACCACCAUCGUCACCAAAUAUCAACAACUACCUCUGCAACCUUUUAAAUCUGUUACUCCAAUACGAACUACUCGAGAGUUAGAUACUUUAACAUCAGAAUACGCAGAUGAUUUAACAUCAAAUAUGGAGAACACAAAAGUAGAGUUAAUUAAAAAGAAGAAAAAGGCUAAUAAAGCAAAAAUGUAUAGUGUUUCAACAUCUCGAACAGAAGCUAUACUUGAAUCUACUUCUGAAAACGAAGCGCAAGCUACACCUGUCAAAGUGUUGAUUAUUAAAAAUGAAUAUCCAUUUGUGAGAGCUCAAAAAGAUGGCACAGAAACUAAAAUAUCUGAAGGUACUACUACAAAAUUUUCAACAAUAUCAGCAAACGAAUCAAAAGCUCCGCUGUAUGUCUCUACUGGUGGCGCAAAUUUGGAAGUUGUACCGUUAAUUUCUGAUGAUAACAAAGAAACAACCACUGAAAUACAAUUUAUGUCUGUAAUGAGUACUAAAACCAAAUUUUCAAGUACUAGCCCUAGUAUUGAUUCUAAACAUAUUGAAAGACGCAUAGGAGAGCGUGAAUCAAUUGUUACUGAAGAACUAACUACUUAUUCAAAUACAGAAGAAAAAGGAUCAACUAUAAGGGAAAUAGCUGUUGACUUCAUUACAACUGAAUCUGUGAGCGAAGUGACUAGCGACAAAAAAAUUGGACUAGUAAGUGAACCCACUAGUGAGUCAACUAAUGACUUAGCUGACAAGAUAGCUAGUGAAUGGGCUGAUAAGCCAGUGAGUAUAGCGGCUUAUGAAUCCACUACUGAAACGCCUGGUGAGUUCGCUAGAAAUUUUCUCAAUGAAUCGACUACUACGUCAGCUAUUAAAAUAUCUAGUGAAGUAAAUGACGGUACAAUCAGUGAGACGGCAAUUGAGGUACUGAGCAGUAGCACUAGCGGGUCAACAAGUGAAUUGGCUACUGAUUCAACUACUAAAAUAUACACUACAUCAUCAUCAACAUCAGUUAGUGAAGGAAAUAAAGAGGCAACUAGUACAUUCCCAAGUGACUUAGCAAGCGCGCAAGCUAGUAAUUUAGCUAGCGAACCAAAGAGCGAAACGACAAACAAAUUAAUAAAGGAGGCAGCAAAUGAACCGGCUAUUAAGUUAGCUACUGAAACAUCGAGUGGGACAAGUAAUGAUGCAUCCAGUCAGUUAUCAAACGAUUUUGCAAGUGGACGAGAUAGCGAGUUAGGAAGUGAACCAGGUAAUGAGAUAACUAGUAAGUUACCUAGCGAGUCAGCCAAUGAAGCUAUCAGUGAGUCAAUUAUAAUUGAACCAACUCCACAAUCAGUAUCUGAAGUAAAAUCUGAAGUAGAACAAUCUACCCAGAAUAAAAACAAAGUAGAUAAACUAAAAGAGGGCACAACAGCACUACCAGUUACAGUACCUAUAAGUAAUCAAAAUGCACAAAUUGAAAAACCAAUCGAUGAGUCUAAGCAUAACUUCGAACUUACACACGCUACUACUGAAAAUACAGAAGAAAAUGCAACAGUCGCUGAAACUCAAGUAAUAACUACAGUGAUGCCUUUAUCUACUACUGACAAUAGUGACAUUGAAGUUAAAACAGAGAAAUUUGAUGUGGAAAGUACUUCACGUAAUUAUGACUCUAGUGAGAUAAUGACAAAAGUACCUAGAGUAGUUGAAUUAUAUAAACCUAAUUUAGCCAAGAGUACUCAAUCUCAACAAGUACAAAACUCAAAGCUAUCUUUACAACUUGGUCUUGUACCUGAAGAACCAGUUACAGAAAGGAAAUUUGAAAGCUUAAUCAAAUUUCACACAGCACACGUUACGAAGGAAUAUAGUGUGUAUGAAAUUCCUCCUAAUGAAGAACCGUUCAAGAAAAUUGAUAAAUAUUUAUCAAAGAAACUCUCGCAAAGUGAUAUCAAAAACGCUAACAAUAACAACAAAAAAGAACCUAUUUUCGUUCCCGUCUCUAACUAUGGCUCUGAGCACGCGAACUAUAACCCCAAAAUAAGAGUUAAACUUUACAAGCAAGACGCACUUGUAAAUGUUGCAAGAAAUAACGAACAACAGGGCAACGCAGAACGAAUACCAAUAUAUGAUUACAGUGCUAAGAAUGCUUAUUUUAAUCCACUUGACCGUUUAGGACCUGAUCUUGGUGAAGAACUUAUAGUUAGAGGUAAUUUUGUAAAAGAAGCUGAUGAUAAUGAACCGGUGGAGAUAAGUGAGGCAGAAUUGCAAAGAAUUUUAAGAGAAGAUGAUGAACCAGAAGUUGAUGGUAGAAAUGAACCCGAUGAAAUUAGCGAAUCAGAAUUGAAAAUGAUUUUAAGAGAGGACGAGUUACCAUCUGGAGAUGAACUUCAAGUACUUAUGAAACAAAGUGGAGCUACAAAGGAUGAAGUAAUAAAAGCACUAAAAUUAGACUCAAAAAGUAAAGAUGUUUUACGGAAAAACACCGUUGUAUCAUUCGUUUUUCCUCCAAAUAAAGAAUCACAUCCGCUAAGAAUAGUUCCGCUAGAUAUACAGGAAAUAUUAGACGACACUGGCGGAAACUCAUACACAAAUAUCAAACCAGCUUCUUAUGACAACUUUGCAGAAAAAAAUGUUUAUUCUUCACCACACAAAUUAGUCGUGGACUUACAAAAGUUGAUACAAGAUGAUGCCUCCACAUCUAAACAUAUAAUGUCAAGAGACGACGCAGAUUCCGUUGAAAAUUCUGACAGUAAAUAUGACAAUAUCAGAGAAUCGUUACGUGAAAAAUCGAGAUUAUUUUACCCACAAAAGAUAAUGCUAGACUUACAGAAAUUUGACGAUGAUCCACGACUUGUUAAUAUCCUAAAUGUCAGAUCCAAUAAUAGAGAGCUCGGUGAAUUGAGACAGAAGUUUGAGAAUGACAGUCAACGUAAACCGAAAUCAAAAAAACCUAAUAUUUUGUUUAGAAGCGUUUUGCCUGGGAAAAGUGGUAUUUUAGAUGUUUUACAGAAAGCUCCAACAAAAACGAUAUCAAUGGACUAUUUCGACUUUGAUUAUUACUUUGGACAUAGAGUACACGAACGAACUGGUUCCAAGAAAAUUUCCCGCAAUAAUCAAGAGAAACCACUGCGAAGUCAACACGAGCCAGCAUCAGUACAUUUUCCUGACUCUGACGAGGAAUUACAUCCUUAUCAUAGUUUGAAAAAGAAUCGAUUUGGAAAUCACAAGAAUUUGGCACAUGAAUACAUUAUUAAUACCAAACAAUAUAAAAGUUAUAAAAACAUGAUGAAUUAUACCGAUCCAGAUAUUAAAAGAAUUGAAGAUAGACUGAAGGAAUAUGUAGAAAAAAAAUAUAAGGAAAGAGUACCAAAGAAAAACGAAAACGAAGGCAAGGAUAAAGACGACAAGAAAGACGAUAAAAAUCACGAUAACAAGGAUGUAGUCACGAAGAAGACAGUUGAAGAUAAAAAAGACGAAGAUAAGAAAGAUGAAGUUAAGAAAGAUGACGUUAAGCAUGAUGAAGAUAAGAAACCCAAAAGUAAAUUAAGGACAAACGAAAACAUCCAAUACGUAUUAGUCGUGCCACAGUCUGGUAAAUCGUUAAAAUACUUGAAGUUGGAAGAUUAUAAAGAAAUGCUGGACAAUAUACUAUAUAGUAGAGUAUCAGGAACUAAAGCAUUAAUAACCAGCCUCACUAAUAAUGAAGAGAGAGAAAAGGACAUAUUCAAAGGAAAAGUAAACAACGUAGCUAAGGAGUUAGACAGAAUAUUACACCCAGACAAAACUCGAAGCGUGAAAGAAAUGAGACUAAUAAUGGACCAUUCUGACCAAAUUGGCAUUUACGAUACUUUAAAGAAAGUAGAUAGGUUGUAUGUACGUGACAAAAACGAAAUGGUGGAAUCGUACAUAACUGUCAUGAAUGAUAUGAUUUCGACUGACAAUGCAGCAUUGGUUCAAUAUGAUUGGUUGACGACUACUGUAGAAAUACGAUCAGCGUUGAAAAAAAUUAUAGACUUGAUCGAAAGCUACAAUAAGCAAGAAGCAAUGGAUCCCGACGACUUACAACUCAUGGAAUACCUUUUGUAUCUAUAUCAUACAACUGUGAAAAGAUCGUCUACCCGAAAAGCGAACGAAUUUACUAGACGUCGAGGAGGUAAACUAUAUAACUACUUGAGAAAUUUUGCAAAUGAUCGAGGCAUUUUACCAAAGAGCUAUAGGAACAUAAGAAAACAUAAGGUUAAACAUUCUAAUAAGCUGAAGAGGGAAACCAACUGGUUGCUUGGAGCCGUUCACCAAAAGGAAGUAGCAGAUUUCAAGACUUUCUUACUCUCUCUGGACACAGGAUUAAGCGAUUUGCACGAUGCGAUAAAACAUAUAGCUAUGAUAGCAACGUACACGAACCAACAUUGGUAUCGUAACUUGAAAGAACUAUACCUAUACGAUCGUUCUAGAAAACGAAUUCUAGAAGUUAUUCUACAUCUUUUUACAACAAGACUUCUACAUUUAAUAGACAACAGUGCGAGUAAUGGAGGCGAAACUAAUUUUGCGAGAUAUUUGAAAACUAACCCAAAGGACGUUGUAAGAACUGUCAAGGAACUCGAAACCGUUCAGCAGCUGCUUUAUGAAAGGAAUAGAAAAGCGUAAAAAAUUGUGAU